GGAAAUCCGACAAGUUUCAUAAGCGGGUCUAUGACCUAGGUUACGUCACCUCCAACUUCAGCCUUUACCAUAGACGCACCACACUUCUCCAAUUCCUCUGCAGGCGUAUCUUGUCAGCACCACACACAUCCGAAGUCCGAACUGACCCUUAACCGCCAACCUCAACAACAUCAAUCACCCCAACGAUGGCUGCCGACAACACAUGCUACUUCGAUCAGAUGAAGCGCUCCUUCGCGGAUGUACCAGUUACCGACGAAGGUGUGGACACUUUAGCGUUCUUGGAAGCCUGUGAAGACCUUGUCAGGUUGUUCGAUCUUUUUGGAAGUAAAGCGUUUACCGUUGUGCAGAAUGAUCUCAGCGGUAAUAUUGCGAAAAUCCGUACUCGCUACGAUGCUUGCCCUGAGAAAUCAAAGACCCUUGAGUUACUGGUUGAGAACGAGAAGGCCGAGAAGAAGAAAGAUGCCACCCAAGGCUUACUUUGGCUAACCCGUGGUUUACACUUCACCUAUGAAGGUCUUCGAUUAUCUCAGAAAAAUCCAGGAGAUGAGCUGUCGGUUUCGUUUACAAAAGGUUAUGAAGUCACCUUGAAGCAAUAUCAUUCAUUUGUAGUAAAACCCUUGUUCGGGCUUGCUAUGAAAGCGUGUCCUUAUCGUGCAGAUCUUUAUGAAAAAAUGGGGACGAAGGAAAGAGUUGAUACAGAAUUAGAAAGAUGGCUCUCAGCCUUAGAAAUGAUUGUGAACCGGAUCCAAAGUUUCUACGAAAAAGGAAACUAUGGUAAAGGUCUUUGAAGAACUCGUCCUUACACCCGCAAACCAGCAUUGUUUUGUCUUUAGUUUCCUUUCUUCAUAGAGCUGUCUGAUUCCAGUGGUGUCUAUGUAGUUACUUUCCUCGUCUCAUAUCGUGUAUAUCUUUGCUCUUGAUUCCGGAGUUUCAAUAGAUUUUUCUGACCUCAUCUGAUGUGAUGCAAGGGGGUCUCGUUUGUAACGUAAAUUGGAUCACCCUGGAAUUCCAUUGCUUGCUUGAACUUCCCCAAGACUGUGUUGCCUUAUUUGUGACUUUCCUUUUACCUACCAGUCUUUCUAUCAUCUGGUUCAGUCCUUAUCACUUGCAUUCAGCAAAGUGCGGCCUUAGAAGCGUGGGGUUCCGGAGCCCAGGCCAUCGUCCCUUUUCAUAUCAUUUUCCAAAGAUAGUUUUGCUUUCUUCUCUCUACAUGGGAUAUUUCAGACUUUGACACUUUCACAAGCAUAUUUGAUUCACUAAAAUCAGUGGAUCAGUUUUUUUUUCUUAUAAAUAAACUCUGUGCAUUUCU